AUGGGAGGAAUGAAGCUUUUGGUUCGUGUAAUAGAGGCAAGGAAUUUGCCACCAACGGAUCCAAAUGGGUUAAGUGAUCCAUAUGCCAAGUUGCAGUUAGGGAAGCAGAAGUUUAAGACCAAAGUUGUGAAGAAGAACUUGAACCCAAGUUGGGGAGAGGAGUUCAGUUUUAAAGUGGAGGACUUGAAUGAGGAACUUGUAGUUUCUGUAUUGGAUGAAGACAAGUACUUUAAUGAUGAUUUUGUUGGGCAGAUUAAGGUUCCAGUUUGGCAAGUUUUUGAUACGGACAGUAAGUCUCUUGGCACUGAUUGGUACUCUUUGCAACCCAAAAACAAGAAGUCCAAGAUCAAGGAAUGUGGUGAAAUUCUUUUAAAUAUAAGUUUUUCUCAAUCUUUUCCUGACUCAAAUUGCAAUGGUUCACUAUCAAGGAAGAAUGUGGAUGCAAGGCAAUCUCCAUCUAGGUCGUUUAAUGGGAUGACCAACUCGUCCUCAGCAAGAUUAGAAGAAAAUGCUUUCUCUAAAGAAGAGAAGUUUUUCGCACAAAAAAAAUUAGCUGGGAGAAUUGCUCAAAUGUUUAACAAAACUUCAGAUGGGGUUUCAGCCACUACAAGCAGAAGCACUGAAAUAUCAGAGCAAUCAGAAACUGAUGGAUCUGAGGUUUGUGAUGAGAAGGCUGAGGAUCAGUCCUCAUCUGGCAACUUUGAAGAACUUAUGAAGGAGAUGGAAUCUAGAGAUGUAGGAAGUGAAGUUCCACAGAACCUACCUGGAGGAGUCCUUGUAGAUCAAUCAUAUGUGAUUGCACCCCCAGAAUUAAACUCUCUUCUCUUUUCACCUGACUCAAGUCUUGCCAGAUCGCUGUCAGACUUCUUGGGAAAUUCAGAACAGCAAUUUGGUCCUUGGAAAUUUGAGAAUGGUAGCGAGAGCUUGAAAAGAGUAAUUACUUACAUCAGAGCACCAACCAAAUUAGUUGGUGCUGUGAAAGCUACUGAGGAACAAACUUAUCUAAAAGCAGAUGGGAAGACAUUCGCUGUUAUGAUGAGUGUGAGCACUCCGGAUGUUAUGUAUGGGAACACCUUUAAAGUUGAAUUGCUUUACUGCAUUACGCCAGGCCCUGAGUUGCCAUCAGGAGAGAAAACUUCACAUUUGGUUAUAUCCUGGCGCAUGAAUUUUUUACAGAGCACCAUGUUCAAAAGUAUGAUAGAAAAUGGAGCCCGUUCAGGUCUUAAGGACAGUUUUGAGCAAGUUUCAACUUUUUUAUCUCAAAAUGUCAAGCCAGUUGAUUUGAAGGACUUGGGAUCUAGCAAGGAACAGGUUCUGGCUUCAUUGAAGGUGGAACCCCAAUCAGAUUGGAAGCUGGCCGCACAGUAUUUUGCCAACUUUACUGUAGUUUCUGCAGUUUUUAUGGGACUGUAUGUGCUUGUGCACAUCUGGCUAGCUGCCCCCAGUGCAAUUCAAGGGCUUGAGUUUGUUGGGCUUGACUUACCAGAUUCAAUUGGUGAAGUCAUUGUGUGCAGCGUCCUGGCCCUUCAGUGUGAAAGGGUGUUAAGGUUACUUUCACGCUUCAUGCAGGCUAGAGCUCAAAAAGGCACUGAUCAUGGAGUCAAAGCACAAGGAGAUGGCUGGGUGCUUACAGUUGCCUUGAUCGAGGGAAGUCAUUUGCCAGCUGUUGAUUCAAGCGGCUUUUGUGACCCAUACGUGGUAUUCACCUGCAAUGGGAAAACAAGAACAAGCUCAAUCAAGUUUCAGAAAUCUGAUCCUCAAUGGAAUGAAAUAUUCGAAUUUGAUGCCAUGGAUGAUCCUCCUUCUGUGCUGGAUGUGGAAAUUUAUGAUUUUGAUGGACCUUUCGAUGAAGCCAUGUCCUUGGGACAUGCAGAGAUUAAUUUUGUAAAAUCUAAUUUAUCGGGUUUAGCUGAUGUGUGGGUUCCUCUUCAAGGAAAGUUAGCACAAGCAUGUCAGUCGAAGCUGCACUUAAGGAUUUUCUUGAACAAUACAAGAGGCAGCAAUGUUGUUAAAGAGUACUUAAGUAAGAUGGAGAAAGAGGUGGGAAAGAAGAUAAAUGUGCGUUCUCCUCAAACAAAUUCGGCCUUCCAGAAGGUUUUUGGGCUUCCACCAGAGGAAUUCCUAAUCAAUGACUUCACCUGUCACUUAAAACGAAAGAUGCCAUUACAGGGUCGGCUGUUUCUGUCCGCUAGAAUAAUUGGAUUCUAUGCAAAUUUAUUUGGGCAAAAGACUAAAUUUUUUUUCCUUUGGGAGGACAUAGAGGACAUUCAAGUUUAUACUCCUACUCUAUCUUCAAUGGGUAGCCCAGUUAUUGUUAUAACUCUCCGACAAGGCAGAGGUAUGGAUGCUAGGCAUGGGGCAAAGACAAUUGAUGAUGAAGGGAGGCUGAAGUUCCAUUUUCAGUCUUUUGUAUCUUUUAGUGUAGCACAUAGGACAAUCAUGGCUUUGUGGAAAUCCAGAUCGUUGAGUCCUGAACAGAAGGUGCAAAUAGUUGAAGAACAAUCAGAAACCAAAAUCCUUCAACCUGAGGAGACUGGGGCUUUCUUGGGUCUUGAGGAUGUCAGCAUGUCCGAGGUUUAUGCUUCUUCCCUUUCUGUUCCUACCAAUUUCAUAAUGGAGAUGUUCGGUGGUGGUGAAUUGGAUCGGAAAGUAAUGGAGAAAGCUGGUAAUCUUAGCUAUUCUUGCACCCCAUGGGAAUCGGUGAAGACUGAUGUAUAUGAGAGGCAAAUAUAUUACAGAUUUGAUAAGCAUAUAUCUCGUUUUGGAGGAGAGGUCACAAGUACUCAGCAGAAAUACCCCCUCUCGGAUAGGAAAGGCUGGCUUGUCGAAGAGGUUAUGACUCUUCAUGGAGUUCCACUGGGCGACUACUUUAAUCUUCACCUGAGAUAUCAAAUUGAGGACUUUCCCUCGAGAUUGAAAGGCUGUCAUGUGCGUGUAUCAAUUGGAGUCGCAUGGCUGAAAAGUACGCGGCAUCAAAAAAGGAUUUCAAAGAACAUCCUCUCAAACCUGCAAGAUCGCCUGAAGGGUUUUGGAUGCGAGGCUCAAUCCACUGAACCCUUCUCAGUCUCUGUCAAUUCGGCUUCCAAAACCACUGCCCAACCUGCUACUAAAACUGUUACACAACCCUCAGUUCAGUAUUCGCAAUCUAAGGCACAAUCCCAGUUCCGAGACCAACCUCAUGCUGCUCAGAAACCUGUGGUGCCAGAGGCUGGGCCAUUGCUUGGGCAUACUCAGCCAGCAACGCAGGUUGGAGGAGGGCAGUCAACUUGGCAGCCACCAGACUGGGCGGUUGAGCCUCGACCGGGAGUUUAUUAUCUUGAGGUUUUGAAGGAUGGAGAAGUUCUUGAUCAGAUUAAUUUGGAUAGGCGGAGGCAUAUCUUUGGGAGGCAAAUUCCCACUUGUGAUUUUGUGCUUGAUCAUCAGUCUGUUUCACGCCAACAUGCUGCUGUCAUUCCUCAUAAGAAUGGAAGCAUAUUUGUUAUUGAUUUGGGGUCCGCGCAUGGUACAUUUGUGGCAAAUGAGCGGUUGACCAAAGAUACCCCUGUUGAGCUGGAAGUGGGCCAGUCUUUGCGGUUUGCUGCAUCAACACGAACUUAUGUCCUGAGAAAGAAUGAUGCAGCUCUUUUUCCUCGUCCUCAACCACCCUCAGAAAUUAACCUUCCACCACCUCCUGAUCCAUCUGAUGAAGAAGCUGUUGUAGCAUAUAAUACUUUUUUAAAUUGUUACGGUCUAAACAGGCCUGAUCUACUGACUGAAUCGAGUGAAUCCAGUGUUUCAUUAAGCAGAAGACAUGAUGACCCGCUGUCGGGGAGAGCUGCUAAGAGAAUCAAGAAAUCCAGGGUUGUUUUCAGGGAUCAAGUUGGGGGCGAGCUGGUUGAAGUUGUUGGUAUUUCAGAUGGUGCAGAUGUAGAAACAGAGCCUGGUCCAAUAGGUGUAAAAGAAGGAAGUCUUGUUGGAAAAUAUGAAUCUCUUGUACAGGUUACAGUAAUACCCAAAGGCAAGGAACAAUCCUCAGCAAAGGAAAACCAUGCUUCGCAAAAAGGUGUGACCAGUAAAUUACAAGAAGUCUUGAAUAAGGUUAAAACUGCUCCAAAAGGUGGGAUAUAUGAUGACCUUUAUGGAGAAUCGUUUGCCGGAAAAUUGGGUUCUUCCUGGGCAUAUAAUUCUGAUAGUUCUGCUGGUAAUCCAACUUCUCCGACUCAAGAUGGCCAAGGGAAGGCCAUUGUUUCUUUGAGCGAAAAACCUGAAAGUAACUUGAGCACUUGUGAUGACGACGACGAUGAUGAUUUAUUUGGUGACUAG